CACUCACCUGUGUCACGUCUCUCUCUGCCUCAUCAUCUGUUUUCUUCAUAGUCCAAGUCUUCAUUUUCAUCCUCCACCUGUUCUCCAUCCAAUCGUUGAUCCAUCGUUUUUCAUCGCUGUCCAUCAUGAGUCUGAGUCGUACCAAACGAAUCAGCUCCAGUAACUCGGUUCGGAGCAGCGGCGGCUCGAGGAGGCUGAGUGGUUUCGGUCCAGUUCAGGUGGGUUUCAGCGGCAUCUCCCUCAGCAGCAGCUCUCUGUAUGCGGGCAGCAACGGGCACCACCACAGCCUGGGGGCCCCGCUGGCAUCCCUGUCGGUCAACAAGAGCCUGCUGGCUCCCCUCAACCUGGAGAUCGACCCAAACCUGUCUAUGAGCCGAGCUCACGAGAAGGAGCAAAUCAAGAGCCUCAACAACCGCUUUGCGAGCUUCAUAGAUAAGGUACGCUUCCUGGAACAGCAGAAUAAGAUGCUCGAGACGAAACUGGAGCUGCUGCAGGGUCAGGGGGUCGGCCGGUCCAAUGUGGAGCCCCUGUUUGAGGCCUACAUGGCAGGCCUGAGGCGCCAGAUGGACCUGGUCAACAACGACAAGAUCAAGCUGGACGGGGAGCUGAGGAACAUGCAGGGUCUGGUGGAGGACUACAAACACAAAUAUGAAGAUGAAAUUAAUAAGAGAAACAACCUGGAGAAUGACUUCGUUAUCCUAAAGAAGGAUGUAGAUUCAGCCUACCUGGUCAAGGCUGAUCUGGAGGAUAAAGUUGGAGCUUUGACUGAUGAAAUCAACUUCCUGCGUAACGUCUACGAGGAGGAGCUGCGUGAGCUGCAGGCCAGCAUCAAAGACACCUCAGUGGUGGUGCAGAUGGACAACAGCCGCAGCCUGAACAUGGAGCAGAUCGUAGCUGAGGUCAAAUCUCAGUACGAGGAGAUUGCAGCCCGCAGCCGGGAGGAGGCAGAGGCCUGGUACAAGAACAAGUUUGACCAAAUGUCAGUCCAGGCCAGCCAGUUUGGAGACGAGCUCCGCAUCGUGAAGGGAGAGGUCGCCGAGAUCACCCGGCUGAUCGGCCGCCUGCAGAGCGAGAUAGAAGCUGUCAAAGCACAGCGUGCUAGUCUGGAGAACCAGCUGGCCGAGGCGGAGGAGCGUGGAGAACUGGCUGUGAAAGAAGCCAAAGCUCGGAUCAGAGACCUGGAGGAGGCUCUGCAGAGAGCCAAGCAGGACAUGGCCCGGCAGCUCCGGGAGUACCAGGACCUGAUGAACCUGAAACUGGCUCUGGACAUCGAAAUUGCCACCUACAGGAAGCUGCUGGAAGGAGAGGAGGACAGACUUGGACAGCAGUCCAUCCUCAACAUCCAGCCCAUCUCCAGCUACAGUUUCUCUGCAGGUACUAAAAGCACUAAUGGCUACCAAAGCGCCUCCAGCUCUCCUGCCCCGAAGCUGCUGAUAAAGACGAUUGAGACCAGAGAUAACAGCAGAUACAGCUCUCACUGAGAGCGCGCUCCCUAAAUGUGUUUCAUGGCUUUACUUAGAAUAAAGGGGAAAUUAAUCAUGUGUAUGGCAAAAUAAAGCAGGGUUGGUCCGGGGUUUGUUCUUUGCUUCUGAUAUGAUUGUUUAAUUUAGUCUGCUGAGUAUUUGAUCGACACUGAGUGUUAGUUACUGUCUAAUCUGAGAUUAUAGGAUUAUAAUAACGUGGUUUAUUUAGUUUAGCUGUUUAUAAUCAGAGUUUUGAUGCUACAUAAAGAACAUGAGGAGUCGUUUAGU